AUGACUCAGCCUCUCAACGAAUUUAUCUGUGCAGUUCGAAUUGCAGACAAUAUCGAACAAGAAAAAUUCAUUAUCAGGACUGAGCAAGCUCAGAUUCGUGCAUAUUUAAGGAAAUGUACUCCUGAAAUGAGACCAAGAAUCGUCUCCAAAAUUAUUUUCCUUGAUAUGCUAGGAGAAAACCCUGUUUGGGGACAGAUGGAAGCAAUUACAUUAAUGACCGAUGAUCGCUAUUCAUAUAAACGAGUAGGAUAUAUUGGCGCAGCAAUUUUAUUAGACGAAUCAGCUGAAUUAACAAUUCUUGUUACACAAACAUUAACAAAAGACCUUCAAAGUACAGAUCCAAAUAUUCAAUGCCUUUCUCUCGCUUUUAUUGCAAAUCUUGGUUCUCAAGAAUGCUGCAGAUCAGUUACAACCCACGUACAAAAGCUUCUUAGCAGUAUGAACCCAGCUGUACAGAAGGCUGCAGGAAUGGCUGCUUGCAGGAUUAUUUCAAAGAAUCCUGACUUGGCAGAAUCCUUUAAGAAUUCUGUUCAAUCACUUCUGAACUCAAGUUACCAUGGUGUCAUUUUGGCAGGUAUGAACUUGACAAUUCAGAUGAUGAGAGCUGAACCAAAAUUAGCUCAGAUCUGGCAUCAAUUUACGAUUCCAUUCACAAAAAUUUUGAAGAGCCUCGUUUAUACUCGCCCAUCUCCAGAAUUUGCUUCUGGAAUUUACAAUGAUCCAUUCAUGCAGAUCAAAGCAAUGCAAGCCCUUGCAAUGCUCAAGAAGGAGAACGAUGAACUCGAGACAAUCCUUCAAAGCAUCAUUUCUACAACAGAAUACAAACGAAAUACAGGCAGAGCUCUUUUAUAUCAGGCUGUUGAGACAGUCUGCGCUAUCACGAAGAAGGCUUCAUUACGUGGUCAUGGUUUCAACCAAAUUGGCCGUCUUCUCUCCUUGAAAAAUCCAAAUAUCUUAUAUUCCGCUUUGUCAGCUUACGCCAGAAUUCUUACCAACGAUCCACGUCUUAUAUCGAGAGGUGGCGCCGAUUCCAUGGCCAUCCAACGUUAUAAGAACGCGAUCGUCAAAUGCCUCGAUAACAAAGAUCCUUCAGUCCGCCGCAGAGCUCUUGACGUCAUCUCCGCUCUUAUUGAUGAAAAGAACGUCGAGACUCUCAUUCCAGAAAUUCUUGGAUUCGUCAAAUUAUCUGACAGCGAAUUCCGAGCAGAAUUAAUUUACAAGAUUUACACAGCCACUCAGAAAUUCGCUCCCAACCUCGAGUGGAACUUCGAUACAGUCCACAAGAUCCUCAUUGACUCCGGAAAUUAUGUCAACCCAGAUAUCAUUUCAUCUUUCUGCGAAUUGAUCACAAAGAACCCAUCAAUACACUCUCACGCUGUUUCUAAGCUUUCUGAGAGUAUUUUCCAUUACAACGAGAACCAAAGUUUGAUUCAAGUUUCAGCUUUCGUUAUUGGCGAAUUUUCAGAAGAUCCAAAGAUUGUCGAUGCAUUAGUUAAAGUCCUUGCUCUUCCACAGACUGUCACGGAGACAAAACUUUACUUAAUCACCGCGAUUUCGAAAUUAGCUGCCAGAUUCAACGACGUCAAGCAGUUAGUCAUAGAAACACUUACUGAUACAGUUAAGAGCAACACAUUGGAAGUACAACAGCGUUCUGGCGAAAUGUUGAAGAUGUUAAGUCUCGGACAAGUUGGCGAACAAUUGUUAGCUCCGAUUGCAAUUGGCCACGAUACAGAACUUGAUGAGAAAGCAGUUGCAAUCAAAGAGGGAACAGAGAACUCCAAAGCAGAUGAUGAAAUGCUUCUCAACAUUCUUGACACAGCUCCAUCACAACAACAACAACAAAAGCCACAACAAUCAGCUCUUGAUCUUCUUGGACUUGGAACUCCAUCAAAUCCACCUCCAACUAAUCCAACACCAUCAAAUCCAUUAGAUCUCCUUUCUCUUGCUCCUUCUCCAUCUCCACAACCUCAAAAACCAGUUCAACAGCCAGUACAACAACCAACUGCUCCACAACAGCCAGUUCAACAACAAGCUCCACAACAACCUCCUCUUCAGUUAGUGAUGCAGGAUGUUGCAAUCAGAGCAUUGACACAAGUGAAUAAGUCUGAUCCGAGACAGAUGAUGCUUAAAGUCACUGCCAUUUCUAAAUCAGACAAGACAUUCACUAACUUCCAGUUCCAAUUCCAAGCAUCACCUGCUUGCCAGAUCAAAGUUCAAGCACCAGAUGGAAACGUUGUUGGACCAAACAAACCUGUUUCAGUCAUUGUAUUCCACUUCAAUCCACAGAAUGUUCCAUUCGCUCUAAAUGUCAAGGUUUCAUAUUACUAUGGUGCAAUGCCAGUUACAGAUGCUGGCGUUCUUAAAUAUUAA